AUGCCUGUCUCUCCCGAAGCCCUCACCCUCACCCUGGCAGGGUUCAUGAGUGGUUACUACUUCAGUGGCGCUUUUGUCUUCAUGCCCGCGGUUCAGAAGGCGCCGUCCCCUCUGGUCGCUCAGCAGUGGAAACGCGCCUGGGACGUCGGCCGCUACGUCGGGAAGGUUGUCGUCACUGGCACUGCUGCCAGCUUCGCCUACUUGGCCUACGAAGAGCCCAUGAAGGCUGGAAAUCUUCGAUUUCAGCUGUUUGCUGCUGCGGCCGGGUUUGUUGGGGCAAUAGUGCCAUACACCAUCUUCGUGUCGUACCCGUUCAACGAGGCCAUCAACGGGCAGCUUGGAGCGAAUGGGGGCGAGAAAACGGACCUGAAGAAGCUUGUGGCAGACUGGGGACGCACUGAUUGGAAAAGAUCUUUGCUUGCAUUUGUUGGGACUAUUGUGGGACUUUGCGGUGUGUUGGCGUGA